GGCCCCAGGGGCGGGCUAGCUCGAUGGCUCCGCGGGCCCCCGGGGCUCCCUGCAGAACACGGCUCGGCGGCUCGGAUCCCGCGGCUCUUUCGCGCGUGGCGGACUUGUUGGGACUUGCCCGGCGGCGCGGCGAGUCGGGCCCUGCCUGGGCGUGGAGCUGGGAGGACCCGGCGCCGCCCUGGGUGCAGUCCGGAGUCGAUGGCUGAGAGGGGACAGCUCCCCGGCUACCCUACUCAGCCCUCCUGGGUUUCGGUGGGAACCCGCGAGGCUGUGAUCGUUGAAGUCUUCUUGCUCUCCUUUUGCUUCGUGGGUCUUGCCCGCCGUGCCUUCUCUCGGAAGCAAUUUCCUACUUGUUUCCUUUUUAAAAACUGUCUUCGCAGUUGCCUUACAAAUUAACUCUAUCAAGGACCGUCUCGCGUCAGCCACUUAAGAGUUCUUAUCAGAUGUUGAACCCUGGGGGCAGAAAUCACCUCGGCGUUGGCAUUCGCUGGGUCUACCUCAGCGACUUCUACUCUCAACGGGUCCAGGUUGGCUAGAGAUUUACUGCAUCCUUCCUUGGAAGAGGAGAAGAAAAAACAUAAAAAGAAACGGCUGGUUCAAAGUCCAAAUUCUUAUUUUAUGGAUGUAAAAUGUCCAGGCUGCUACAAGAUUACCACGGUUUUCAGCCAUGCUCAGACAGUGGUGCUUUGUGUAGGUUGUUCAACCGUGUUAUGCCAGCCGACAGGAGGAAAGGCCAGACUCACAGAAGGGUGUUCAUUUAGAAGAAAGCAGCACUAAUGAUCCACACAACCUCCUGAAGUUGUGUUCUAUCGCAGAAAGCCUUAUCAGUUCAGUAAUUCCAGUUAAUCUACCAAGAUAAUGUAAUUAUGUUUAAUUUUGUAAGGUAUACAACAGCGCUCUCCUAUUUUGGUGUCAGUUUUUCAAUAAAGUUUUGAUUAUGGGCAAACUA